CCCGUCGCGCGUGUGGUACCGGAAGUGGGGCGAAGCGGAAGUGCGUGAGGGGGAAGGCGCCGGCGAAGGCCGCGAGGCGGAGGUCGUGGCGUCGACUGUGGCAGUGGCGGCGGUUGCCAUGGUGGACUACAGCAUCUGGGACCACAUCGAGGUGUCCGACGAUGCGCACGACACCCACCCCAACAUCGACACGCCCAGUCUCUUCCAAUGGCCCCACCAAGCCCGGGUCGAGCGAAUGGAACAGUUCCAGAAGGAGAAAGAGGAGGUGGACAAAGGCUGCCGGGAUUGCAAGCGGAAACUAGCCGAGUGCCAGAAGAAGGUGAAAGAGCUGGAGCUGUCGAGCGCGGAGGGCUCCAGGAGCGAGCUGCAGAGGCUGCAGGCGGAAGCCCAGCAGCUCAAGAAAGAGGAGAAGAACUGGGAGGAGAAGGCGGCCGACCUCCGGAAGAAAGAGAAGAGCAUGCCCUGGAACGUGGACACCCUCAGCAAAGACGGCUUCAGUAAGAGCGUCUUCAACGUCAAGGCCGAGUCACCGGAAGAAGAGUCUGAAGAGCAGAAGGAGAAGAAGCAUAAAACCUUCGUGGAGAAGUACGAGAAGCAAAUCAAACACUUUGGGAUGCUGCACCGCUGGGACGACAGCCAGAAGUACUUGUCCGACAACCCGCAUCUCGUGUGCGAAGAGACGGCCAAUUACUUAGUCAUCUGGUGUAUCGACCUGGAGGUGGAAGAGAAACACGGGCUGAUGGAGCAGGUGGCCCACCAGACGAUUGUGAUGCAGUUCAUCCUGGAGCUGGCCAAGAGCCUCAAGGUCGAUCCCCGCGCUUGUUUCCGGCAGUUCUUCACGAAGAUCAAGACCGCCGACCAGCAGUACAUGGAGGGCUUCACCGAGGAGCUGGAGGCCUUCAGGGAGCGGGUGCGGGGCCGAGCCAAGGCCCGCAUCGAGAGGGCCAUCAAGGAAUACGAAGACGAGGAGCAGAAGAAGCGGCUGGGGCCCGGCGGCCUGGACCCCGUGGAAGUGUACGAGUCGCUGCCGCCCGAACUCCAGAAGUGCUUCGACGUGAAAGAUGUGCAGAUGCUUCAGGACAGUAUUAGCAAAAUGGAUCCCGCCGAAGCGAAACAUCACAUGCAGCGCUGCAUCGACUCGGGCCUCUGGGUGCCAAACGCCCGUGGGGCAGAAGGUGCCGAGAAAGGGGAGAAGUUGGAAGGGGCCUACGAAGAACUAAAGAAGGAGGGCAGCGAGGGAGACAAAGGCAGCCCCUGAACGAGCGGCUGGCGGUCUAUAAAGCGGCCGGCCCCCUUCAGCCUCUUGUCAACCUCGUGUUGUUGGGUUUUUUUUUCUUUCUUUCGCUCCAAAACCCUUUGGCGAUUACGUGCUUGACCAAUGUAGACACUUCAUGAUUUGUGUGAGCUGCUUUCCUGACUGGCUCUCUCGCUCACCACAUCACAACAUCCCACCACCACCACCUCCAGCCCUCCGACGUUGUUGGGAAGCCCGUGGACGGCCCGGUUUUCAUCUGGAGGGGUCACAUGGCACAGUGCGGGCUCCCUGGGGGCUUGGCACGGCACCUCUGCCUUCUCUGUCUCGCUGUGGAGACGCCAGUCAGUUGUCAUAGCUACCAACGCGCUGUUAUUAUCUUUUUGUUUGAUGACCAGGUCAGGCUGUUGAGCAAAUAAAA